AUGGCGCUCAAUCCUCGAAGUCCCUCCGUACAUAAUCAGAUGAUUACACGGUUCACCAAGCAUCCGAAAUCCACCAACUUCGAUGGCGAGCAAGAUCGAUCGGCCAAGCGCCAGAAGACAGGCAACAGCCCCAAGAAACCACUGCCAACACCACGGAGGGCCAUCAAGCGCGAAGUGCUCGACUCUGAGGACGAUAGUGAGGGCACUUUGAUUAAAGAAGAGGAAAAAGAACACAAGACAGAUCUAGAGAGUGCAUUACCUCAAGUCGACACAGGCGAUGACGCCAUCAAAGCAUACGAGGCGUACAAGGCAGAGGAGGAGAGCAAGACUGAAGGAGCUGAUGAACGUUUGGAGAAACGUACAUGGGUCCAAGGCAAAAGCUCGCUCUAUGUCGAUGCAUUCAACUUAGCAUUGGAUACUGUGUUGGAUGAGGAAGGCCACCUCUUUGAUGAGGCCGAAACAGAAGUCUUUCUGAUAUGGAGAAACUUAGGUUACGAAGCGCAAUAUUUAUAUGUACGCCUGUUCCUUCGCAAGACGUCUGCAUGGCAUCGCAUAAAGAACCUAGGUUACCACAGUGAUAUCUCAGACCUUGACGCUACCGCCGAGAUAUUGCAACGCACAUACGAUCUUCCUAUAUCUUCCUCGAAAGUCGAGUCACAUCCGGGCGAGUUGGAGGCACCAGCGGGGACCACAUUGGGCACCUCGUUCACGUUCGCGGACCGGUCCGAAGAGGAGAUAAGCACACUAGAAGAGGCAUCGUCGCUAUUGAAACUCGAUGAACUAAAGGCUCUUGCGAAAGAUGCCAAGGUCAAGGGGAAGAACAAGGGUGAGCUUUUGAAAGCCUUACGACGCACAAGCCAGAAACAAGCCGGCCUGGGCUACGUUGGGUUGAAGCGGUCGGACUCAGAGAUGUCGCGUGGAUCCUCCGCGUCCAGAUCUCGACCUGAAACGCCAGAAGUCGAGCUGGAACCCGAAGGCGAUCUCUCCGACGAUGCCAAUCGAGAUGCGCACUUCACGCGUAGGAUCAUGCAAGGGACGGGGCCUUGUAUACGACUCUCACUGGGUGCUUUGAAGCUUUUCGAACGCGUACACCUCGUAUUCUACCGCUCCACUGAGUGGACUGAGAAGUCGUUGACGACCAUCAUCUUGGCGAAGAUAGCACGUCGGAACUUUCCAGAGUACAUCGUCUCUCGAUCAGCAAACAUUUUCGCCUCACGGUCACUGUUGCUAGAGUAUGAAGCUUCCAUACGAACACAAUACCGGAUAGAUAGUAUUUUGGAGUUCAACGGAAGACCAACAGAGAAGGGGUACCAAGCGAUCAUAGAUACUUUUGAGAAGGUAUAUCCGCGAUGGCAAGUCUUGGUUCAAGAAGAGCAACAGAAGGAGGAUAGUGUUUACCACAGCGGCGAAGGUUCAUACCUACGUCGACUUUCGCCAGCCUGGGUGUAUACGCGUAUCAUUCACAAAGCGCUUGACGUGCUCAGACGCAGGAAAGAGCAUGAGCGCGAGCAUGAGCUCUUGACCGAACUACUGCAUCAGCGACUGUUCCAUCAUUCCCGUAGAGGAGCAUGGUAUCAGCGCAAAGCUUUACUUGAAGAACACUAUAUGGCUCCGUUGACUGACCCUGAGAAGAGAAGUGCGGAGAGACAGAAGAGGCACUGGAAGCUCAUUGCUCUGCAGACCUGUGAAGACGGACUGCAGGAUAACCUUGUGCAUGUCAUAUACCACUAUGAUUUGCAGAAGCGCAUCACCAAACUUGAACUGUCUCUUAACUUUGCUAAACGAAUGCAACACGACUUCUCACACGUCCGCUUAACGAAGCCGGUUGAAGUUGCUAUGGAGGGAACGCGCAUCGAACGCGAACGCCCUUUGUUGUCAAGACGAAAUAGCUCUCCACAUCCAAAAUCCGGUCAACGGGGCGGAAAGACGAGAUGGAUCGACCCGCGCGAGGACGGCGAGUGCUCAGUAGAAGCAAUGUGUCUCUCACACUACCGCAACCAAGGCUGGAAAGGCUAUCACAGUGAAGGCGGUAUUGUGCGCACACUCUUCGCAUACCUGUUCUUCGAUGUCCUAUUCACGUACGUACCCAACGUCUUCCAGACACCAUACCAGACUUGUCCGUUGGAUCUAUAUACCGAUGCCUUCUAUCCCUCCCGUAUAUCGGAGAUCAAUGCACGCUUGAACGAAAUAUCAAACGGCGACGCACCAGCCAUCAUCCAAAGAAUCUACGACAACCAUCACGAGCGUCGUACUUGCGUUGUAGGUCUAGACUGGACGUAUGAUGUUCUAGACCUGGUUGAGAUCGCUCGUUGCUUCGAUGGUGAAGCACUGGCAACCGUGUGCAAGGUCAUGGCGCAAGAGUACGGGCAGAGAGGUGGUGGUGUACCGGAUCUGUUUCUCUGGCGAGUGCCAGAAGAAGGGAAGAAGGGCGAAGUCAAGUUCGCAGAAGUGAAGAGUGAAAAUGACCGUUUAAGUGACACGCAGAGGCUUUGGAUACAUGUGCUUUCUAGUGCAGGUGUGAGGGUCGAGCUUUGCGCUGCGGUGGCGAAGGAGGUGAAGGUCGUUUGA